UAUGUGUGUGAGGCGCGACAGCUUGCCGGCUGCUGCUUCUGUUUGUCAAUGAAUUUACGAGUAGAGUGUGUAACAUAUUGCGUCUAGAGGCUUGAACUGCUCCUGGGACAAGAGGAAUGAACAAGGAGGGCAAGAGGCUGGCGGAGGUGGUGAGGCGGACACACAAGAGGCUGAGGAGGCAGUACAAGCUAGGUGAAGAUGCAAGUCAGUUGUGGCAAGAACACACACAACAUGAAGAGGAGCUCCAUACAUAUGCCAGUGCCAUGCAUGUGUUGGCUACCCAACACUGGGAGGCACGUCAACAGAUUAAUACCUCUAGAGUGAGUUGGAUCCACGGUGCCAUUAUUCAAUACUUCAAUGAAGGAGAAAUGCAACGCACAACUGAAAAAGAAAUGCGUAAAUUAGAACACCUGAGUUUGAAAGUGGAUGAUCCUGACAAAGCCAGAGGAUGUAAGCUGCCUUUAACUUCAAAAGUUAAAAUGUUAGAUGUGGGAAGCUGCUACAACCCAUUUCUAGCUUUUGAAGAGUUAGAUGUAACUGCUAUUGAUCUGUGUCCUGCUCAUCCGUCUGUCAAGAAAUGUGACUUCUUAAGAUUAGAAGUGUGCAUUGGAGGCAAAAGUGAACCUGAUACUAGCAAUAAUUCAGAAGUAUUAUCAGAAUCAGAUGAAUAUGAAGCAACAGAUCUAUUAUCAUCAUCCCCAAGUAGUGUACCAAACUCUGAGGUAAUAGUAUCAGAUGCAUCAAAUGGUUUACAAUUGGAAAGCCGUGUAGAGUUAGCAUGUUCAUCCAUGUCUGAUGAAAACAAAAUACGUGUAAACACAGUGGAUGAUAAAUCCAUUUUAACAGACAUUUUAGGAGAUUGUGCAAGAAACAGUACUGGAAUGUUAUGUAAAAACAAAGAUUUGCAAGACAUUAAGCAUGAAAGUUUAAUUGACUUUACAACCAGUUCAGAGAUCAGCUUGAAUACUAUUACAGUUUUGGAAGGUGGUUCCUAUGAUGUAGUGGUAUUUUGCCUGCUGCUUGAGUACAUACCUUCACCUAAGCAGAGAUUCUUGUGUUGCCAGAAAGCAUAUGAUCUUCUAAAACCAAACGGCAUUCUAUGCAUCAUCACUCCUGAUAGUAAACACCAAAAUGCUAAUGUUCAUCUCUACAAACUGUGGAAAAUAACACUUGGAUUCUUAGGCUUUGCAAGGACAAAGUAUGAAAAAUUGACUCACUUCCAUGGGAUGGUGUUUCGCAAAGGACUGUGUAAGGGUGCCUGGGAACUUGAUGCUACAAGGGAAUUGUCUCUCAUGAAAAACACCAACGUAAAAAAGAAAUUUGAUGGGAUAGAUCAUGACAAAGUUAGUAGCGAGAUGUACAUUCCUCAAGAUUUUCAGGAGCUCUCAGACAGUGAGGAAGUGCCAGAGGAUGAAAGAGGGAAAUCUGGCUGAGUGUGAUAAAAAGUGUUCAUCCGAGAGUAAUGUGUGUGUGUGUGUGUGUGUGGGUGUACUCGCCUAUUCACCUAUUUGUACUCACCUAUUUGUGCUUGCAGGAUCAAGCAUUGACUCUUGGAUCCCUCCUUUCCAGCCAUCAGUUGUUUACAGCAAUGACUCCUGUCCCAUUUCUCUAUCAUACCUAAUUUUAAAAGUAUGAAUAGAGCUUGCUUCCACAACCUGUUCCCCAAGUGCAUUCCAUUUUUCCACUAUCAUGCUAAAAGAACAAAAAGAACACGCACACACGCUGUGUGUGUGUGUGUGUGUGUGUGUAAGUGUGUUACAGGAUGAGAGCUAAGCUCAUGGUGCCCGGUCUUCCCAGUACUCUUUGUCGUAUAACGCUUUGAAACUACUGUAACUGUUUUGGC